UGGUUGUAUAUGUAUUAUGCUCUGUGCUGGUGUUUGGUAAACGAAUUUGUUGGGAGAUGGUGGUGGGAAAGUGAUGCGACGAAUGAUUAUUUUCUUGUGUAUCACUUGUCUGUCGUGUAGAUCUUUACGUCGAGGGUAACAUUGUUCAUUAUGACGUCUGCAGUGGAGAGAGGAAAUGUUAAGAAACUGUCCAUGGACCGAUGGUCAACAAGAGAACGAUUAUGUUUGGCAUCAGCAGUAUUUCGCAGUGGAGACCAAAACUGGAUGUCUGUUAGUCGUUCACUGCGUAUGUUUGGUGAGCCGAACAGACCUCCUGAUUGGUUCUCUCAGAAGAACUGUGCUGUUCAGUAUUCAAUGUUGCUGGAGAAUGUCGAAACACCCAAAAGGAAAAAGCGCAGUGAAAAAGGAGAAGUCCACGUAGAAACACCUGGGGAGAGUAUUGUGAGGAAACUGACUAAUGAGCGCAUUGAAGAGCUUAAACUAAUGAUGCAGGAGAAGAGAGCUGCUUAUUUGCGACUUAAGGAAGAAGUCAUGCAAGUGAGAGCUGGACAUGCUGAUGACCGGUUACCAGAUAUGCUGCGAGAAAUUGAAGAUGAAAAGAAACAAAAGGAGAAGAUUGCCGAAGCCCAUGAACAGUGGCUUCGAGAACGGGAGGAAAAGAAGUUGGAUAUGGAAAGGAACUGGAAACCAGUUUCUGUUCCAGCGCCUUCACAGUCUCCUGUCCAUCGUAGGAAGGGUGGGCUACCUCGACCAGUUGGUGGCCGUCGCAGCAGCAGUCAGUCGGAACAUAGCAGUGAAGCAGACAGUCCAAUAAGUGAGCCAUUGAAUGUAGAGAUUGUAGGUGAGGAACCACCAGUAGAUGUGAAGCCUCCCAUUGCACCAAUGCCUACGUCACCACUGCUUACGAGCUUACUCAAGAGCCCAUCCCCUGCACCUAAUGCACAGACAUCAUUGCUGCAACAGGCAAUCACCAAUCGUGGAUCAUCUCCAACUAUUACGAGUCUUCUGAGCUCCUCUCCAGCUGUACCGACUACAGUGUCCUCUAGUCUUAAGAACUUGGUUAGUAAUGCACUCAGUGGAGUUGCUGCUUCUGUUGACCACUCAUUACCAUCCUCUACAUCACCAUCAGCUGGUGCUCCAACUUUGUCCAUGUUACUGGAGAUGCCACCUAAUGCACCUGGACAACCCUUACCUGAACUACCCACCACAGCCAGUAAGCCAUUACCUCCUCCUGUUGGAAAAGAUGAUAAACUACGCCAUUUACAGCGUGACCCAUCUGCACUACCACCAGCAGCGAAAAAUAAUGAGAGUUUGAAGAUUGUUUUGGUUGAACCAAAGAGUGAACCUGUUGAACAUAUUCCUAUACAGCCGAAAGAAGAACCUGUGGAGGAGGAAUUGAUUGAAGAGAUGAUUGUUAGUGAUGAGCCUGUUCUUGAUACAGAAGUCAUUCCAGAAGUGCCUGAAACUAUAGCAAAUGGUGUACCUGAAACAAUUGUCACAGAGGAACUUCAGGCUAUAAUAAAGAAGGAAAGGAAAGAAGAAUAUACCCUUGAUCCACAAACCACAGAACCAGUAAUCCAGGUUAAAAUGGAACCAGUUGAAGAGUUAUCGCUGGAAGAUGAUGUCUCAGAAUUGGUAUCAACUUCAUUACCAUCUUGUGUAACAAAGGAUGAAAAAAUUGAGGAAGAUGCUGAAUCUACUAACAAAAAUGAACAGAUUGCUAGUUCAUCAGAAGAGAUUGUGCUAGAUAAGGACUUUGAAAUGAUCAUUGAGGGUACAAUGCAGGAAUUGGCAGAGGAGAGUGAAACAAAAGAUGUCUCUGGUAUAGCAGAAGUAGUUGAAUUUGAAGAAGGGACUGAAGUGAAAGAAGUAAUUCCUCCAGAUCUUGCUGACAUGGAAGUUAUAAUCUUAGGUAAAGUUAAUGAUGAAGUUGUUAAUGUCAGUGAUGAAACAAAGCUGUUAGAAGUAGUUGUGGAAAAAGAAGAGAGUAAUGUGGAGAAAGUGCAAACUGACACCUCUGGUGAAGUUACUUCUAUACCACUCUCCAAUGAAGCUGAAACUGCGAGAGAAAAACUGUGCACAUCAGGAACCACAAUGGAACUUCAGGAUGCUAAUGUCAGUCAGAGUAUGCAGGAUGACGAGGAUUAUACUGUGGAUGUCUGCACAAGUUCUGUUGAUGUCACUGAGGCAGAGGAAACAAUUGCUAAACAGGAUAGAAAAGCUGAGAGCAAGCACAGGACUGAAGAAGAGAAGUCACAACAGAUUGAUGUAUCUACAAGGUCUAAAGCUUUACGUUCCAGCAGUCCUGAUAGUAGGACAGAGGAAGAAGGACCACUGCAGAAUAGAGAAUCAUUGGUUUCGAAGCUUUCUAUUAGAGAGAGUGAAGUUCCUAUUGGUAAUGAGAUAGAAACAGAGUUGUCUGAAGUUGUCAGGUCAGCAGGAGCAACUACUGACCACAAAAUAAUACCUGGAAGUGAUGAAUCUCCUGGGAAAGGCAGUCAUGAUGGGAAAUUAGCUUCAGCUUCAGCUGAUGAACCAUCAAAAGCGUCAGAAAUAGUGCAAGGUGAUAAAGUGGUAGCUGACAAGGUCAGUGAGUUAAGAUAUGAUAGUAAGAAAACAACAAAUAUGCAUCUUAGAGAUGAUGACCAAAAAAUGGCCUCUGCCCAUACUGUAAUUUCGGGCAGUGUGUAUGAGCAACUGAAAGAAAGUAGAGACACUCUCAUAAAACCAGGGAAAAAGAGUGGUACACACAGGGAAGAUACAGUGCACGUAACAAUAAAAGAUACUAAUAUAUCACCAUCACCACAAGAUGCCAGUAAUGACAGAAAGGAAGUUGAGCUAUCACUUAUUCAGGAAGAACAUCAAAAGAAAAAAGGUGAUAACCAUAAAACAGUUGAAAAACAUGCAAAGGAAGAAAGUACGUUUGUGGGAAAAACCUCUCAUGCAAUUCACCGUGAAAAAACAAUGUGUGAUGACGCAAAAAAUAAUUCUGUCCCUGAAAGGAAGGAUGUUAAUCCAAAUGUAAGGGAUAGAAAGGAUAACAAAAAAGAAGUGACUCAGCAAGAAGUUAAAGAAAAUGUUAGAGGUGGAAGAGAGGGUGAUAAGGAGGGGAAGAGAGAAAAUGUCAAGAAACAGUUAGAUGAUAAUAGGAAGAAGACUGAAACAGACAAGAAAGAUGUUAAAGAAGUUAACAGAAUUACAACCAAGAAGGGUGAAAAAGAAAACACUCGUAGAAGAGAUGGCUCAGCUAAACGAAAGGAAGAUAAUGCUGAGGAACGAGAGGACGUUAAGAAGCGGGCUGUUGAGAGAGAUGACAGAAAAGACGUAGUAUCAAAAGAAGGUCUAAAAAGAGAGUUGGAUACUGAAGGAUCUGCGAAGAAACUAGAUACAAGGAAAUCUGAGAAGAAUAGUAAAAUGGAAAAUAGGAAAGAACGUAAAAAAAGUGAUUCCAGAAAAGAAAAUGAAGCACAGAUGUUGAAAAAGGCAGUAGAACUUCCUCCUGAGCCGGUGGACGUAAAGACAGUGAGCUUGCAGCAAGACGACACUACAGAGAGUGAGUGUGAAAGUGAAAAAACAUGUUUCAAGGACAUGUAUGUGCAAAGUUCUACACGCAAAGAUGCAAGGAAAAUAUAUGGUGACACGCAUACGGAAGCUCAGCAGGAGAAUGCUAAGGGUGGAAAAUUAGGUACUCAUGCAAUCCGGGCAGACACGCCUUCAACAGAAGAAGAAAAAACAAGUGAUGCAGAAUCAUCUAAACCAUUCAUUAAAAAGCGGUCAGCGGCAGCAACAGCUGAUUCAGUCCCAAGUAGUCCUGGUUAUCACACGGAGGAUGAACGAGAAUAUAAGGCAUGGAAGAAGGCAAUAAUGUUGGUAUAUGGUCGAUUGGCAACGCAUAAGUAUGCUUCACUAUUCCUCCGACCCAUAACUGACGACCAGGCACCAGGUUACAGCGGCAUUGUUCACAGGCCGAUGGAUCUCUUGAUGAUAAAGAAGAACAUUGAGACUGGAAUGAUUCGUACCACAACAGAAUUCCAAAGAGAUGUGCUGUUGAUGUUCCAGAAUUCCAUAAUGUACAACAAGAGUAGCCACUUUGUCCACAAAAUGGCACGUCAGAUGCAACAGGAGGGUAUGCAGCAUAUACAGGAUUUUUUGACAACACAGAUGCUUGUUCAAGUAGUUGGAGAAGUUCCACUCCGCCGGGAGACACGUACCACUGAAGCUAAUAAAAAUCGGGAUGUACUGAGUGGGCAGGAAGAAACAGAUGUAGGAGGUAAAAGAAAACGUUUGUCUGGAGCAGAAACAGAAAGACAUAAAAAGAGAAAGGUCUGAAUUAAGAUGAACCAGAAAUCAUCACUGUUUUUACUAGAUAUGUGAAACCAAUGUUACAAUGGCUGUGUAGAUACGAAAACUUCUUCAUAUUAUGUAAAACUGAAGUAAUGUUACAGACAUGGAGUCCAUUGUUUCUAAGAAUUGUUUAUACCAAAUGUAACCCAUGAUUUAAGCAUUUUCUUUUGCUUUUUCUACUGUCUUUUUCUGUUCUGACAGCUAGGUAUUCUGUCAUUCUACAGACUGAGUGCCUAUGAAAACAUACAACUAUAGUUAUAGUUUCUGUAACUUUGGUUGCACACGCUUUGAGACUGUCAUUGCUGGUUACAUUUAUUGCUUAAGUUGCCCUUCUGUUUUAAGUUUUACAAUAGUUAUGGGUUGUAUAACCUCUUAAAACAUAUAUAUUAAUAUGGAAAAUAAGAUGAAUGUUAUUACUUCAGUUUAGGUACUGAAUGGUGAUGCAUGCUGUUGUAGAUAAAAACUAUAGAUUUAGUUCACAAUUAGUCCCAAUUUUUUUUGUUUGACUUUUAAGGGACAAGUUAUUUAUGUGGUUUAUCACUAAAGAACAACACCUGGCUUUGUGAAACAGUUACCAAAGAACUUUUGUCCAAAGUAUACUAUUGUUGUUUUUUAUGACAGUGCCCCAGAGUUUUACACAUUAUAAUUUUAACGUGUUUGCCACUGAUAAAAUUUGUAAAUAAGCUGUGACUACUGACUACAUAUUCACUGUGAUCAUAUAUAAAAGUUACAUUGAAUAUUUUUUACUACUGAGGCAUAUGAUAAAAUUGGUGUUAUUUAUUUUUUCUGUCGUAUGUUCCUGCUACACCAUAUGAAAUUAAUGCUGUCUGUUGAGGAAUCCCACAUAGAGAAUGUUAAAUGGCCAGUGUUAUCUAUCACAGUAAUUUCCAGCAAUGACAGGAAAGUGCUUUCACUUGCCAAAAGAUGAAACUCUCUUCUACUCCAACAAUAACCCACUACGCAGGAAGUCUUACCCACACCUGUUUCCCUUUAUUUUGUCAUUCCUUUAUGUGUACUACUGAGCCCAAAGCAAAUUAUUUCUAGUAUGAAAGCAUGAUAUGUUAACUUUGUUCCUAUUUCAUAAUUGUUCAGGUUGCUCUUUCAUCUGGUACUGACUGUAACACAGCAUUUCUGCAUUUUGAUGCUCAUUAUCGCAUCACUUUUUACUCAUUUGUUUCUGAAAAUUUUUCUUAAGAAAUUGUUUUAUCUUUAUUUUUUCUUUAUGCCAUCAAGAAUUUAAUCACUCAGACUAUUAUGAUGAAAUAACAUUGCAAAACAUGCAAUCUGCAGGAUACCACUUAGCAAUAUAAAGAGUGGUAUUUGGUGUAUUAUAAGAUUUUUUAUUUUUUUCAUAUUUAUUUGGACUACAGUUUUAUAAUAGUCAAGUGCAGACAAAAUCUACAAAAAUUUGCUGAAUUUGAAAAGUUACUGAAACUGACAGGAAAAAGUGGAACCAAGUCUUGAUCGUUCUGAAGUCUUUAUCAUCCCAAUACAAAAAAGUUUUGCACAAAUGAAUUGUAAAAAGAAGAGCAAGAUUUAUGAAUAUGGUGUGUGCAGCAGGUUGCUCAAAAAUUUUAAAACAUCAUACUACAGGUACAGGAUAGAAAUCAAACGAGGCAGCUGGAAUCCAAAUUCCAGAAAAGUUAAUAAUUCAGAAAGAGGACAAAGUCCAUGCUACAUAAAAUCUAACCAUAACAACAACAAAUUGUAAUGUUACAUUCUUGUUCAAUAUCUCUCUCUCUCUCUCUCUCUCUCUCUCUCUCUCUCUCUCUCUCUCUCUCUCUCACACACACACACACACACACACACACACACACACACACACACACACAC